AUGGUUAAAAUAAUAUUUCUCCAUCCUGAUUUGGGUGUUGGAGGAGCAGAGCGUUUAGUUUUGGAUGCCGGCUUGGCCUUUAAAAGCAAAGGCCACGAUGUAAUAUAUUACACAAACCAUCACGAUCCGUCACAUUGUUUCGCCGAAACUAUGAAUGGGACAUUUCCUGUGAAUGUAGUUGGGGAUUGGAUCCCACGAUCCAUAUUUGGAAGAUUCAGGGCCGCGUGUGCUUAUGCACGUAUGGUUUUUGCAGCUAUUUAUUUAGCGUGGUACGUGAUUCCGGCUGAAGAGCCAACUUUAAUUUUCUGUGAUUUGAUCUCAUUAUGUAUUCCAUUCUUGAAAAUGGCCCGUGGGCCUCAUAGAAUAGUUUUUUAUUGUCAUCAUCCUGAUAAGCUAUUAUCUGCGGAGGGAGGUUUCCUAAAGAAGUUAUAUAGAGCUCCACUUAACUGGUUAGAGGAAUUGACCACUGCUAGGGCGGAUAAAGUUUUGGUUAACAGUAAAUAUACAGCCAGAGUUUACAAAGAUGCAUUUCAAAAAAUUAAAGAUAUCCCUGACAUUUGUUAUCCAUCCAUCAAUACAGAGUUUUUUAAGACCGCUGUACCAAAAGCCCUAAAAGAAAUAUUGCCAAUAGGUGCAGAUAAGUUUGUGUUCUUGUCUAUCAAUAGGUAUGAAAAGAAAAAGAACUUAAAAUUGGCAUUGUUUGCAUUAGAACAAUUGAAAAACAUGGUUGAUGAAACUGAAUGGGAGAGGGUACAUCUGAUAAUAGCAGGUGGUUUUGAUCCAAUUAAUUUAGAAAAUAUGGAACACUUUAUAGAACUAACUGAUUUAACGGCAGAACUUGAUUUGGAAGAAAAAGUGACAUUCAUGAAAUCUCCCAGAGAUCUAGAAAAGGUAUCUCUAUUGUAUAACUGUAAGGCAUUGAUUUAUACACCAUCAAAUGAACAUUUUGGCAUAGUUCCUCUUGAAGCGAUGUAUUACUCCAAGCCUGUUAUUGCGGUGAACAGUGGUGGACCGACGGAAACUAUAGUUAAUGAAGUCACAGGUUUCCUUUGUGAACCGACAAGUGAAUCCUUUGCAAAAGCCAUGUUUACAUUAAUGACUGAUCCUGAACUAUGUAGAAAGUUGGGAGAAGCUGGGAGGAAGAGAUUUGAUACAAAAUUUUCGUUUGAGGCCUUCACAAAUCAGAUUGAUGGAAUAUUGACAAGGGAAAGACAAAUAAUAUCUGAGGCUCGUGCCAUUGAAUACGAAAAGAAACAUAAAUAG